GCAGCAUGUUAAAGUUACUAUGGCUAGUAAUCAUCCAACUCUUCCGCCUCUCCACAACAAACCACUCCAUCCCGGUCAUCAUAGUCCCGCAGCACCUCAACUUUGGGAACUGCAACCUCGGCUACGUCACCACCAAAAACAUCUCCAUCUAUAAUAACGCGGAUCGUGAUGUUAUUCUCACCACUGUUUACGACAGCAGAAGUGUUUUUCAACCUCGUAUAUCCCGAUCUAAGACAGUGCUGUUGGAUCGCAACCAAAGGUAUGAACUGGCGGUCAUGUUUUUACCUCACGCUAUAGGCGAGGUUACAGAAACAUUCCAACUGUUUAUACACGUUACCUCCGGUGAGGUUGCUAUGACUGCCGGGACGGUUCCAAAGGACGUUAUUGAUAUCAGGGCUACAGGAACUGGCCAGGAAAACCCGUUUAGGUUGUCACCGUUAGUUGGGGUUAAGUGGCCGACGUCGGUUGCUUACGCGCCCACGCUUAACAUUUAUAACCCAUUUGACAAGGAGCUAAAAGUUGAGGAAGUUUAUGUGAGUGGGGGCGAGGUUAGUCUUGUUCCUCCCUUUCUCUCCAAUAAAGCAAGCUCGUGGAGCAUAGCGCCCUAUGAAACCAAACCUAUUGUUAGAUUAAACCUCUUCUCUGACAAAUCCUAUAAUCAUUUGUCGUAUGUAACAGUGAGGUUGGGCGGAACUGAUCAACUGGAUAUUAAACUACCUAUCGAGGUAGACUUGGUAUCAACCGCUAAUGUGUUUUCCAUGCCUACGCGUAUUAAUUUCGGUAGUUUUUCAAGAGACAGCCCACCGAUGGUGGUUAGCAUAUUCCUACUUUCAACGCACAACAGUAGCACCAACAUAUUCUCCAUCACCACGGACUCUAUCUUACAUCAGAACGGAAUAUCUAUUAAAACUUUGCGGGAUGGUAUACCUCAGGCUCAUCGCGGUGGCGGAUUUCAGAAAGUAGCAGAUGUAACGAUAGAACCAUCAAAACUGCCCGAGUUAGUGGAGAGGAAAGACAGUAAAUACACGGGAAACAUCAACAUUAAGUUCAGUAAUGCUAACGUUGAGAAUGUCAACAUUCCUUUCUCAGCUCAUGUUUAUUCUGGUUCACUCAAACUAGAGGGUUUUGGAGAUGGUUUUUAUUCUGGGCUUAUUCCUCCGCGGGAGUAUGUCAAACAGCUUCAUCUUACUAAUAACUAUGAUGUACCUGUUGCUGUGCGAAACAUCGAUUUGGAACCUUUGAAAGCGGAGUUCCUUAUCGAGGACCUGAUAUUUCCCUUUGUCAUCCAACCUCAGGAGACUUUUGAUUUUGCUAAGUUUACCCUAAAACGACAAGGUCACAAGUUCAAUGAUAAUUUUGUACUGAAAAUGGAAACUAAUCUAACACAGACCAUUGAAUUUCCGAUACCAGUGUACAGUGGUGAUGUUGAUGUGACUAUAGACGGUAAACCUUUAAAUGUCUUGAAUUUUGAACUAUUGGGAUAUAAUCAAACUCGAGUUAAAAUAGUAAGACUUUUCAACAAGAACCCAGUUAAUGUAGGUCUUUUGUAUUAUUUUACGAAUGUUCCGUUUUGUGAUGGUUACUAUAAUAAUUUGUGGCGAGAUGAUCUCCAACAGAUGAUCCCUCACAAGAAAGAAGAUUCCAUCCAGCACCAACUGGUUGAGCUCCAUCCUAAAGACUUCAUUGAGAUCAACGUCAGCAUCACCACACCCUCCAUGGCUCACAAUGUGUCUGGUUUCUUUGUGAUUGAAACAAACUACGACUUUGUUCAGCUCCCUCUCACAUUCCGAACGUUGGAGGGCGGGUUGUUGACUCCACAUAUCGAGUAUGAGGAGGUGUUUCCGGGUAUGACCAACAUUUUCACUUUGAAGAUCACCAACACCUUCAACGAGACUUUUCCUAUUGAAGACAUCUCGUUGGAACCUAACAGCAUGUUCAAUUUGAUAAAGAAGACUGAUAAAUCUAUCCUGUUAAAACCUCUGUCAAGCUCUGAAGUGGGUAAGAUUGAGUUUCACCCUGAAAAGGAUAGCCAAUACUCCUACCUGAUGACGGACGAUGUCAAGAAACAGAAAGAGUUUUUCAAAGGAAACCGAUUAAACUUCGACCAAGUGGACUACGAACUGAAGCUCUUCAAACAUCUCAAAGGAAAGUGGAAUAAUCUACAGAAAAACGGGAAGCACAAGCUAACUAUCAACGGUGCGGUGAAGUCGAGUUUUUCAGAUAACUCUCCCAUCAGCACAUCAGUGGAUCUAACAUGGCCCAGUUUUGUCCAAUCCCGGAAGCCCAUCCCUGUUACCCACGUAAAAGACACCUCCACAUCCAACGUAAAAUUAGUUAACCCAUCUUCCUACUCAGUCCACAUUGAAGUGUUCCUUAUCAGCAGUUACCCUCACUCCCGAGCUCUGAUAGAUAUCCUGGGAAUGAGGCAAGAAGCGGUUAAUGUGGACGCAGCGUAUUCCUUGCAGGAUACCUCCACAGACUUUCUGGAUAAGUUUUUCAACGGUAACGAGGUGUCGCGGAAUAUCAAGUCACUGGUUUUAAAGCCUGGAGAGGAAAGGACGGUUACUGUGCAGUUCUCACCUCAAUUUGUUGGUCUACAUAAAAAUAUCCUGGUUAUCAGGAAUAACCUGACCCUUUUUGAACCUGUGUUGUACUCUGCUCACGCUGCUAAAGGGGAGCUGGUCUUUGAGAAGAAGCAGUUUUUACAUCUGAAUUUCCACGAGAACAUGUUAUCGGACUGUAUAAGUAUUUAUACAGAGCAAGGCUCCAUCAAUAAAAGCUUCUUUAACAUGAACAGAUCCUUCACUUUAAAGAACAUAGGAGACAUCGUAGCUAAAGUUGAAGAUGUCCAAAUAAACGGUAUCUCGUGCUCUGCGUACGGUGUAUCAGUCCUAAACUGUGACCCAUUUGAAGUGGCUCCCUCCGAAUCCCACACCCUAAACUUCAACUUUAUCCCUAACUUCCACUACUCUUACGUGGAGUACACUAUUUCUAUAGUCCCCUCGGCGGGAGAUAAACUGGAUAUACCACUUAUAACUAAAGUACCAGCUCACCUGUUGGAGGUAUGUGCGGAUAAGAUUGAGAGGCCCAUAUGGGAGGUUUCAUUCAGAUUCCUGCUUCUAACUGGGGCACUGUGCUUCAUAGUGGUCGUGUUUGUUCAGAGUUAUAUAUUCUUUAGCCAGCCAAUAGUUAUCUCACCCCCUCCUGGAUUGAAACCUGUCAUCAUACACAAAGCUACAGAGCAAUUGAAACCAGAGCCGGUACCUGUAAAGAAGGUCAGCAAGAAGGCAGUGAAACAUGUUGAGGGGGUUACAGCACCAGUCAGCAAACAAAGAAAGAAGAGAGAAGCAGCCAAAGUACGAGACACAACCUCACAUGUGGACCCUGUUAAAGUGGAUAAGCACCACGUGUCUAACUCUCCUAAAGUCACUAAACGUAAAGUAUCAGCUCCAAAACCGGAGAGUCCCAAGAUAGAAGCUGUCCAACCAAAGCCGGAGAAGAUGACUAAUUUUGUGAAACCCCGCAUUAAAGAAGUGAUAAAAGAAGCUGUUCCGGUGCUGAAAAAACAGAAAGAUGUGAAUAUCGUGAAGCCUGAACCAAAACGUACCUCACUCAACAACACUCCCUCUAUCACCGAAUCAAAGUACAGGUUAUCCAACAAACUAACCGCAGCAGCGGAGAUAGACACCACAACCCCACCAGAACCCACAGACUUACAGCUGGAACAGAAGUUUGCAGCAGCAGUCCAAGAGGAACAAAAGAGGAAAAACCAACUAUCAUACAGCUCAAUAUAUCACCAGACCCCUGGCAGCACGUGGUCUCCAACAACUGGAGCUAACACCGUCCCUAAACUAGACACAUCACCCCUGAUCCCACCUACCUCCACCAUCCCCUCUCUCUCCACCUCCGCCCUCUCCUUCCAACCUCCUCUCUCUGUGGAUGACUGGUUCGCACCUGAUGCCCAAAACCCCUUCACCAACUUCAACCUGGUGUCCAGCUCCAGACAAACCUCCCGGUUUCAGUCCAUGUUCUCUGACAGUACACAGCCGAGUGAUACUGAUAAUUGGAGUGGCAUUUGGGGACCCUUGAGGUUGGAUACAGGUCUUGAUGAACAGGUCUGGAAAACUGACUAGAGGGUGUGUACUGUGUGUGGUGUGUGUUUUCUAAUGUUUGUACUCUAGGAAAUUCUUGUUGUUUUUUUUUGAGAAACUUGUUUGAGUUGUUCAUACUCGUAUUAUAUUAUAGUUAAUUAUAAGUUGUUUCUUCUAUUAUCUAGGUAUUGUUGCACAGGUUGUUACAUGUUCAUGUUGGAAUAUUAUAUUAUAUUUGAAGGAGAAAGUGUUACAAUCAUUGUUUGGAAAUUUAUAUUCCGAUUUUGGUAUUAUUUUUUUACCACCGUUAUAAAGCUGUACAUUAAUUUAGUAACCCAAAUAAAUUAUGUAGUCAUGAAAUAAUUACUAAGUAGCUGAGCUUUAACUUCCAAUAAACCACGAAACAGAUGUUUUCCUCCAUAUUUAAAUUUUAUUGGUGGCAGGAUUAUAAAAGUUACCCAAUGAAUCAAACUCCAAAUCUUUGGGAUAGUCAAACACAUGAUGUGUAAAUUAACUCAAUAACCAAUAUGGAAUCUAAUUCGGUGAGUAAUGUAAAUGGUGUGUAAAGUGUUAAAUCACUAUCAGAGGAAUAAUAUGUAUCUUCUGAUGACAGAAAACACACACUCAUAUAUUAUAUAAUAUCACACAUAAUAUCAUGAUAUCACACAUAAUAUGCACAGUUAGACAUAUACACACAUGUGUUAAAUACAUUACAUGCUUCCAACAGAUCCAACUAUUCAACAAGUCCGUUUUACACUUGGACACUAGGUGUCACGCGCAAAAUUCCUGAGCUGUUCGACAGAACUGAGGAAUUUAAGCUGAAUUUAAGAAUUUUGAAUGGAGCUAUUGAUAUUGUGUUGACUGUUGAGUCACAAACGUCACAAGUGCAAGUGCAUGCUGGAAAUGUGUUGUUAGGAAAAUGUUGUUGAGUAAAAUGUUGACGAUGUUUGUAAUAGUAGUGUACUACAAAACCAAAGUAAUUCCUUGUAUUAAACUAUAUAACAAUUAUUUAAUCAACUUGGUGAGAGUGGCAUUUCACGCUGGUAUGAGUUACGCUAACGUUAACGGACACCUUAGCAGCCCAGUUCACAUACUUCGUGGCGUCCAUCAGGGGAGCCCCCUUUCCCCAAUUCUUUUCCUCCUAGUGUCCCAGGUACUUAGUAAUAAGCUACAGUAUAACCCUUAUAUUAAAGGCCUCAGCAUUAAUGGUAUCGACAUACUCAUGAGUCUGUUUGCUGAUGACACGGAUCUGUACCUGGAUCCCUCCCAGGCUUGCGUAGAUGCAGUUAUCCUAGAGCUCAACCUGUUCGGUCAGCACUCAGGCUGUAAGCCCAACAUCAGUAAAACUAAGUGCAUACCUUUAGGAGCUACCAGAGACAACACUAGUCUUCGAAAUUACCUUACCAGUACAUACGGGGAAGACAUGGUAGCUAACGAGUUUACAGCAUUAGGAGUCAAGUUCGACAACACGUCUAGUGGAGCUGAUCUCUGCAAAAUGAACUACCACAGUAAACUUAGUAACGCCAGCACCGCUAUCAACACCUGGAGUAAGAGAGACUUAACUCUGAUAGGAAAGUGUACAAUUAUUAAAUCUCUUAUUCUUUCCCAGUUCACUUACCUUAUCAUACCACUAGAAACUCCUGAUACUAACACCAUCAGUAAAAUAGACACUAUGAUAUUUCACUUCUUGUGGGGUUGUAAGAGGGAUAAGUUGAAACGUGAUAUUGUUACUUCUCCUCGUGAAUGUGGGGGUCUAGGUCUCUUCUAUACUAACGAUUUUAUUAUAGGUUUAAAAGUGUCACUUAUAGGAAAAGUUAUCGAUCCUAAUUUCCAACAUGCCUGGAAAAAUAUUAUCAUCAAUCAGCUUUUACACCCAAAUAUACCAACUGUGUGUAUAGAAAACUGUCUCACAUUAAAGAAUACUGGUUUUACCUUUAACCUUCUUCGCCAUUAUAAGCUUUGGAAGUCUAUUUCUUCACAGUCAAGUAAGAGUACAGUCAACCACUGUGUGUGGGGAAGCGACGUAAUAAUGGACAUUGGCUCCAAGCUCUGGAACGAUAUUCUUAUUGAUAGAAAUAUCAUCUAUCUUUCUGAUUUCGUUUCAGAGGAAGGUAACCUCUUAAGUUUUCAGCAAUUUCUGAGAAAGUGGGGCCAAACAAGUAGUAUAAUCUCUUCGACUCAAUAUGCGAGUAUAAAAUUGGGAAUACGUCGAUUUAAUAAUACCGAUACGUUUACAAGUAACAUUACAUUUAUCGAUACCCAACUUUCACUUCGCUUUUGGGGAGGUAGGAAUACCCCCAACUCUAGAGAUACUCCUCUCACUAUCAAAGGUAGAAACAUUAGAGAUACCAUGUCUAAGCGUUUAGAUCCCAGCACCCUUCCUCCAAUGAGGAACUGGAGUGCUAACCUCUCCUUAACGGAUAUUGAUUGGAUUAGUAUUUUUACGGAUAUUUUUACUUCUUUCUCAAAUAACUUCAAACUUAUUCAGUACCAAUAUAAGCUCCUUCACCGGAUUAGUACUUGUCGGUACAUGAGAUAUAAAAUGAAGAUUGAAAAAGAUAGUCCAAAUUGCUCGUUAUGUAAUCACAACCUCGAAACUAUCUCUCACAUAUUUAUUGACUGUCCAGCCACAAGCUCUUUCCUACAGGGAGUAAAUCUGUUUAUUAGAUCGAAUAUUGACGCAAAUUAUGACGACCCAUAUCGCCACUAUUUGAUUUGCUUAAAUCACAGAGAUAAAAGUGUUAACUUCAUAAAUUCGGUUUGCUGUUGGUUUAUUGGAAGGAGUUUCCAGAACAAGGAACCCCUAUUCUGGGAGCGAUAUCUUAAACAUCUUAAGCUUUUCUUAUUAGGUGAAAAACCGGAUAUUAUACGGUGUCUUAAAGACGUUAUACCUUGAUGACCAUUUUAUACCCAAAGUUCUGGAUCCACUAUAACACUCUUGUUUAUUUAUUCUCUCGAAAUUACAGCCGUGCCUUACCUUUACCCUUUAUUUCACAAGUUGUAGCCAGUGGAGUUAUCUCCACUACUAGUAUUGAUAUAGAGUCAUAUUUAAAACCAGUAGUAUCUCUCCUUUUUCUCUCCAUCUUAUGUGCAUUUUAUUACUCUAUAUCCACUGACUUUAUUCGACGUAUUAUCUAAAAGAAUAAAAAAAAUUGUGUGCGUGUGUUUUUAUAUUUAUUUUGCUACGGCGCAUGUGAAACCCCAGGGCAUCCAGCACCGGAGAAGCUGAAAUGACACUCUCUGAACCCUUGGUGCCGCUCAGAUUUUGCCUCUUGGCUGGCAAGCCGAGUCUUGAUCGAUUAACUCAGCUUCUUCGGUACAACACAGACCGGAGGGUACUAUUAGCCGCUUUGCCGGUGGUAUCCUCCUGGUGUCCUGGGGUUUGGCAGGUUCCUCAUUU